AUGGUUGUAAUUUUAUGGGGUUGGAAUGAAAAUAGAUUCAAUACCUUAGAUCAAGUAAUUUCUUUCGACUUUAUAGAAGAAAAUAAAAAAUUAUAUUUAAAAAUUUUAGAAAAUGAAAAACAACAGAAAAUAUAUAAUAUAUCGAAUUUAAUAGGUAGAAGGAUGGAUAAUUAUAGGGAUAAUAAUAAUAAUAAUGGAAAUGGUAGUAAUAUUAAUAACAAUGGUAUAAUUAUAAAUUCUUCAAUGGGAUCACAAUAUUUUAAUCUGAAUAAAGGUAUUAUAAUAGUAGAGAGUGAUAAUGAAACUUUUCUAAUUGAAGAAAUUGAUUAUCUUGGAAAAUUUCCAAUUUUAAAACAAUUUAUUAAAUGUGAAGAAUUUAUUGGAAUUUCAACAUUAGAAAUAAUAUCAAAUAUAGAAAAACAACUUUCAAAUUUAGUAAAUUUAAAAUCAAAUACAACUGAACAAACUGAUAGAAAAUAUAAAACAAAUUUAAUUGAUUUUAAAGAAUCAAUUAUUCAAUUAGAAAAAGAUUGUAAAAAUUUAUUAAAACAAUCAAAUUUAAUAAAUCCAUCUAUAAAAUAUAGUGUUGUAAAAUCUGUAAAAUUUUUAUUAAAAGAAAUUAAAUUUGAAUUUUAUCAUGGUGAUAUAAAUAUAAAAAGGAUAGAAUUAUUUCAGCAAUUAAAAAAGUUUUUGAAAAUCCAUUUUUGGAAUAAUCCAAAUUUAAUUUUAAAUAGUGGUUCGAAUAUCGAUAUGACAGACAGUAAUGAUAGUAUAAGUAGUGAGGAAAUUAAUUCACCGAACGAUUUAAAUUUAUCACUUUCUUCAUUUCCAUCGAUUUCAUCACCAAGUAAUUCUUCAUAUAAUAAUAUUAAUACUUUAACAUUUAGUAAUAAUAACAAUAAUAAUAAUAAUAAUAGUAAUAAUAAUAAUAAUAAUAAUAAUAAUAACAAUAAUAAUAAUAGCAUUAUUAACUCUAAUAAUAAUAAUAAUAGUAACAAUAAUUCAAAUAUAUCCAAUAGUAGUAAUAAUAAUAAUAAUAAUAGUAAUAAUUCAAAUAAUAUAAGUAUUAAUGUCAGUAAAACUGGUAAUAAUAGUGUAAUUAAUAGUCCAACUCAAUCAUCAUCAUGUUAUAUCGAUUGUGAUGAUACAAUGAGUAAUUACACUGACUGUACAAAUACAACAAAUACCAAUUCAACAACUACCACAACAACUACAACAACUACUUAUGGAAAUAAUCUAAAUGUAUAUAAUAAUAACAAUAAUAACAAUACAAAUAAUAAUAACAAUAAUGUACCAUAUAAAAAACCUGCUUUGAAAAUGAUGAAAUCUCCAUCAUUUAAAAUUCAAUUAAUUCAAGAAGUUUAUUUGGAAAUUAUGGAUCAAUGUAAAAAAAUUCAAAAUUAUUUAUAUGAGCUAUUGGAUACUUAUCUAACUGAUGAAGAAUAUAUUAAUAAUAAUAAUAAUAAUAAUAAUAAAGAUAUUUCAAUACUAUUUGAAAAUAAUACAUCCUAUUGUAUAGCACAAGAAAUAUUCAUAUCUCUAAUAAAGAAUUCAAAUGAUUUCUUAUACCAAGUUCAAUUAAUUGAUUUAACAGAUACAAGAAAGAAAAGUAAAGAAUUAAGUGAAGUUUCAAACCAAUUGUUUUAUUCUACCCAACAAUUAUUCCCUUCAAUUAGUGAUCAUUUGGAUUUCAUUGAAAUGGAUAUUUUUACAAAUAAUAAUACUACAACCACUACUACCACCACCACAACCACUACAAACACUACAACUAAUCCAUCAAAUACAAUUAAAUCUUCUCAUUCCUCUUUGCUAUCAUCUUCAUACUCGUCAUCAAAAGAUGAUGAUAUUGUUUUAACAAUAAAUAAAGUUUUAUCGAAAUUGGAUACAUUUUCAAAAGAAUAUACAAAAUUAAUUGGUAAUAAUUUAAGUUCAAAUUAUUAUGUUGACAGUGGUAAUAAUAAUGAAUCAGUAUCAUCUCCGAAAUGUGGUUUAUUUCUAUCACAUUCUUUAUCUACCGAUUCACCAAUGACUUAUGUAAAAAGAAAUACCUCAAGUGGAAGUAGUGCAAGUACAAGUUCUUAUACAACACCUGUUUCUUCAUCAGCUUCCCUAUCAUUUUCAUCCUCAACUCAAACUCCAUCAUCUGCUGCCUCACAACAUCAUAUUCAACAAAUUUUACAACAACAACAACAACAACAACAACAACAACAACAACAACAACAACAACAACAACCACAACAAAUACAAUCUCAAUCUCAACAACAACAUCAACAACAACAACAACAACAACAACAACAACAACAACAACAACAACAACAACAACAACAACAACAACAACAACAACAACAACAAAUACAAUCUCAAUCUCAACAACAACAACAAUUAAAUAGAAAACCACACUAUUCCUCAAUCUCGCCUACAUCAAUGUUAGUUUAUAAUGCUACUGGUGGAAAGUUUGGUGUUGUAAAUCAAAAUAAUAACUCUGCUGAAUCAACACCAACCUUUCAAUUAAAUACAAUGGAUAUAUUAAAUUCAUUAAUGGGAAAAGAAGGUCAAAAUAGCAAUACAAACAAUGCCAACAAUCCCAAUAAUAAUAAUAAUAAUAAUAAUAAUAAUAAUAAUAAUAAUAAUAAUAAUAAUAAUAAUAAUAAUAAUAAUGAAAAUAAAAAUGAAAAUAAAAAUGAAACAAAUAAAAGUGGUCAUAAUUAUAAUAAUUCAUCAACAUCAACAUUAUCAAGUUCAACAACAAUUGGUGAUUUAGCAAAUGUAUCAUCAACAAAUUCACCAAAUUCAUCAACACCAAAUCUAUUAUUACCACCACACCAAUUUCAUAAUCAUAAUCGUGAAUAUAAUCAUAGUCAUCACCAUUUAUUAAGUUCAAGUUCAAAUAAUGUAAUGAUAAAUAAUAGAAGUAUUGGUAAAUCAUUUUCAACUGGUAAUUUCUCACAACCUCAACCAAUAAUGCCUUCAAAUGGUAUUGGUGGAAGUGGUGGCGGUGGAUUAGGUACAACAUUGAGUGUUGGUAAUGGUGGUAUUGUUGGUGGAUUGCAAUCGAGAUCAUCAUCAUUCGAAGAGAAUCAAUUACAAUAUGCAAUUGAAAGUUUUAUGGAGGUUUACAAUCAUUUAACUAGUAAAGAUAAAGUUGAUACUUCUAUUUGGUUAGAAGAAGAAAAGGAAGACAUAAACGUUUACUAUAUAAACAAUACCAAUAUUGAUGAUAAAUUCUAUAGAUCAAUUAAAUAUGCUUCGUUGAAUCAAUUGAUUUUAAAGUUAACAUGUGAAUCAAAUACCGAAUUAAGAUUCACAAAAACUUUUAUCACAACUUAUAGAUCAUUUACAACAGGUGAUAUAUUCUUAAUGAAAUUAAUUCAACGUUAUUUUACACCAAAUCUAAAGAAUAUUGUACCAUAUCAAUUUGUUCAAAAAAUUCAAAUUCCAAUACAAUUAAGAGUUUUAAAUGUUUUAAGAUUAUGGAUAGAACAAUAUCCAAGUGAUUUCCAACAACCACCACAAAUUACAACACAAUCAACUCAGCCAAUACAAAACUCAACGACACAACCACAACCACAACCUCAACCACAACAACCUCAACCUCAAUUACAACAAAGUACGAAUUUACAAAAUAGCACAAUACAACAACCAUCAUUAUUUAAAAUGUUAACAGCAUUUUUAAAUUCAACAAGAAGAAAUGGACAUGGCCAAUAUAGUGAUUUAAUAUUAAAGAAAUUUAAACAACAAAAACAAAAAGAUAGAUUACAAUUACCAAUAAUAAAUAAUGGCCAAGGUAUACCAAAGGCAAAGAUAUUUUGGAUGAAAUAUUCAACAGAGUUUAUUUUCUCACAAAGUUCAACUGAUAUUGCUGAACAAUUAACUUUGUUAGAUUUCGAUUCCUAUAAAUCCAUUGAAGAGAUUGAAUUAUUGAAUCAAGCUUGGUCAAAACCUGAUCAAAAAACCAAUACACCAAAUAUUGCUUCGAUGGUCAAUAGAUUCAAUAGUUUUAGUUCAUUUGUUUCUUGGGCAAUACUUAGAGAGAACGAUAUUAAACAAAGAUCGAAAAUGAUGUUAAAAAUGAUAAAGAUUUGUUAUGCACUUUAUAAACUUUCAAAUUUCAAUGGACUAUUAGCUGGCUUAAGUGGUUUAAUGGCAAGUGGAGUUUAUCGUUUAAAUCAUACCAAAUCAUUAAUCUCAAAACAGUAUCAAAAGAAAUUCGAUUUCCUAUGUAAAUUCCUGGAUACCAAAAAAUCUCAUAAAGUAUAUCGUGAUAUAAUUCAUUCAACAUGUCCACCAUUAAUACCAUACUUGGGUAUCUAUUUAACCGAUUUAACCUUUAUUGAAGAUGGAAAUCAAGAUGAAAUCAAAGGUUUAAUUAACUUUAAAAAGAGAGAAAUGAUCUUUAAUACCAUUUUGGAAAUCCAACAAUAUCAACAACAAGGUUAUACAAUUAAACCAAAACCUUCAGUAUUAGGUUUCCUUUGUGAAUUACCUCAUAUGAGUGAUAAGAAAAAAUUUGAAGAUGAUACUUAUGAACAAUCAAUUUUAUUAGAACCUAAAAAUUCAACAAAACUUGAAGUAAUGAAUGCUAAAAAGUAA